UUGUGGACUGGUUUGCAUGUCGCUUCAACUUGGCGAGCGUUAAUGGAUUAAUCAGCAAAAAUGCUUGUUUCCUUUCAAUUUGAACUGAUCACAUGGUUCCAACUGUCAUUUCACUGGCUGAGCUGCUUCUGCUGCUGCUGCUGAUUCACUAUUGCCGACUGACACCCGGCAAAUGAAAGCUCCUUCCAGCCAUGACUGAACAGUUUCACUGGGAAAUUCUCUCAACGAAAUCCUGACCAAGAUGCAAAGUGUAGAAGAAAUUAGCUGGGCGCGAUGGUUGAUAUCGACACGUUUACAACAGCAGCAGCCAACGGGGACAUCAGCAGGGUGGAGCAAAUGUUGGAAAAUGGAAUAGACCCCAAUGGUGUCAAUAGAUAUGGCCGUACUGCUCUGCAGGUGAUGAAAAUGGGCUGUCCAGAUAUAUGCCGAGUUCUACUGAACUGGGGAGCAGAUCCAGACCGUCAGGAUGGGUACAGCAUCGCACUCAUCCACGACCUAGCCCGGGAAGGGCAUCUGGAUACUCUGAAGGUCCUGGUAGAAGUUGGAAAAGCAAAUAUUAAUCUCCGAGAUGGUAACGGUAAAGGAGCCAUAGACUUGGCGAGGGAAAAUAAUUACCCCAAUGUAGUGGACUAUCUGAUUCGGCGAAGCUAAGCGACUAAAGUGGGUGUCUAAAAGCUUAUCAUUUGUAUCGUCUUAAUUCGGAUUUUUAAUUGAAAUGUUCUAAUCAUGUAAAGCGUUUUAAAAACGUAAAAGUGUCAAAUGUUAAAAUUGUAAAAAAAACUAUAGUAAAUGCAAAUGUAUUUUCAACAUUAGUUUCUAAAACUAUUGAAUAAAAUAAUUAAAAUACA